AUGAAGGUUGUUGAUAAUCAACUGGAUGAAGAUUCUUUAGAUGAGCAUUGGGAUUUAGUUGGUGAUGAGGACGAUGAGGUUGAGGGUGAUGAGGGUGAUGAGGGUGAGAGUGAUGAGAGUGAUGAGGGUGAUGGUCAUGAGGUUGAUGAGGAUGUUGAUGAAGAUGUUGAUGAUGGGGUUGAAGAUGGUAAUGAUUACGAAGUAAUUGAUGAUUAUGAUGAGGAACUGGAUGCAGGUGAUGAAUUGGAUGAAAAAGUAUUUGUGGCAAAUGAUGAUGACCUUAAUGAGGAUACGGAGUUGGAUGAGGUUGUUGGAGAUUUAGGUAAUGGGGAAGGUGGAGAAGGAAGAAGUUCUGCAGUUUAUAGUACCCCUAUUAAGAAGACAAAAGGUACAAAUGGUCCGGUCAUGGCGACCCCUGUUGUUGGUAUGAGUUUUAGUACUUGGGAAGCUAUGAAUAACUAUUAUCGUUUGUAUGGGGAGCAACAAGGAUUUGGUGUAGUUUGUGUUGGUGGAAGUAUAUCUAGCAAAGAAAGGAAAGAAUUAAAGUGGCAAAGAAAGUGGCAAAGAAAGUGGGAAAUCAAAAUCCCUUAA